AUGUCUCCGACAGUGUUUAUAGAAGAUGGUGAGCUGAAAGUAUACCCCAUUGGAAAGAGUAUACCAGCCUAUGAAAUUGCGACAACCGAGGUUACUGCAAUUGGUCAGGGAAAAGCAGAAUACAAGAAAACCCAUGACAAGAUUGUUGAGGGCCACAGCAUCAACCCUGCUCCUGACGACAUACGCAACGUGCCCUAUGUGGAAUCCUUGAUGAGGGUGAAAGGGUACAUUGUGGAGGCGAACGGAAAAACUCAGCACUGCCGUGUCGACUUAAGAUGGACGUACCAAAAAGACGACCAAACCGAACAGAAGGUCUUCGCAAUUCUGGAAAUCAAAAACACCAGGAUUAUUCACGAAAGGGAAUUUUGGCCGCCAGCAUCGGAAGGCAAUGAAGUAAUGGGUAUACCGCAUACGCAGAUGCAUGGUAACGCGGUGCAUCUAAUGAGCCAAAUCCUCAAAUAG